AUGAUGUCGUUGUCCAACCUGAGUUACGGCAAGCAGCUGAGCAUGUCAUCGAUCAGAGGUACCCUCUGGUUGCUGUGGCUCUGCCUGCUUGCGAACUCGGUCUCCCCGAGCCUGUCCUUUGACGCGUCUUGCUGUCCCGAGGGUACGGUAUGGCAAUACUCGUCCAACUGCUCGGACGGCACAAAGAUACGCCUAGACUGUCCAGGCAGCAUCUUUCUAAUGGAUCCCGAACUGAGCGAGCAUGAUAACUUCACAGUCGUCUACGAGGACGACACCGCCUGGUUGCUGUCCGAAGUCGAGGAGGACAAAAUCCCAGCUGACAGAUUCUGCAUAGCCAAAUCGUCGCGGAACAAAAACGAGAUCGCCCUGACGUGCUUCGACGAGGAUCUGUUCGAGGACGUGGGCACGUCGAGGACGUGGAAGUACACGCUGAUCUGCAUCGUCAGCAUCAUCUCGGCGAUCUUCCUGAUCGCCACCCUCGCGAUUUAUGUCAUGCUACCGGAAUUGCGGGAGCUGCAGGACAAGGCGAUGAUGGCCGCCGUCAUGACUCUGACGGUCAGCUACACCGUCCUCUCCAUUCAGCAUUUAAAGCCGAACUUGCACGAAGAUUAUGUCAUCUGCGUUUCUCUCGGAUUUAUAUUAUACUUCGCCUUCAUGUCCGCGUUCUUCUGGAUGAACAUCGUUGCCUUCAACGUGUGGCGAUGCGUGUGGUUUAAGAACUUCAGAAUAAAGGAGCAAUUUCUCUUCUACGCUUACUGCGUCUGGGGAUGGGGCGGUCCAGCGUGUUUCCUGAUCGCCGCACUGACGACCCAUCACAUCGCGGGGGACCACUUGCGACCCGGCUUCGGCGAAUUUGGCUGUUGGUUCAGCGGCGUCAUGGAGACGUGGGUGUACUUUUACGGGGCAGUUGCUGUUUUGUUAAUAUUAAACAUGCUCUAUCUCGGGAUGACCAGCUGGCGCCUGUGGCAUCAGUAUCGCGAUUACACGGGAAGCAAGUUGCGAGUCUUGCGAUUCAAGUGCCUGCUUUACAUCAAACUGGUGCUCGUCAUGGGUGUCACCUGGAUCUUUGAACUGAUAUCAUUCGCCAUCGGGUCGAAGAUGGACGAAUUCUGGAUACCGACGGACCUCUUGAACGGUCUCCAAGGCUUCAUCAUAUUCCUGCUCCUGGUCGCAACGCGGAAGAGAGUGCGGAAGCUGUUGGCGAAGAAGCGGCCGUGCGGCAUCGCUUUCCCGAAAUCCUGGGCCGCGUACGAGGACGAGGAGUGCGAGGAGGUACUUCCUGAAGAGCUCGAGCUAUCUCAACAGGGAUAAAGGCACUCUCACGUUUCUUUUUUUCUCUCUCUCUUUCUCUCUCUCGCGGUUGUUUUCUUCCAUCAUGAAUCAACACGCGGGCAUAAAAUGUGAGAAAUAUCGCCUAGGAAAAAAGACUAUCUUGAUUUAUCUGUACAUUAUCUACAAUCAGACAGAUAACGCGACUGUCGAGCUUUCAAUUAAUUCGACUCUAGAAAUAACUCAUUUGUUAAGCGCAUUUUAUUAUCUGAAUAUUCUCUCAUUGUUACGUAGUUUCAAUUAUGUUGAUUCAUUAACACUCGUGAGUCAGUUUAAUCGAAACCAAUAUUUUUUUUUUUAGCGUAGCUCUCGUACACUGAGCAAAAAAGUUUCUAAGUUUUAAUAAAUAUUUAUUCGAAUAGCACUAAUGAAAUAUUUACUCGCGGUACGUAAAUAUAUUUGCUCAAUAAAAAAAAAAGAUAGUUAAAUUAAACUAGUAGUUCUUAUGCUAAAUACUUAUUUACAUUUAAUAAAUUUUUUAUUGCAACCAUUCAAACAAAUAUUUAUUGAAACUUAGUAAUUUUCCAUCUCAGUGUACAUUUUGUUUAUGCCUUCACGUACAGCGUCAUAAGAGAGAGACGUAAAAACAUUUGUCUGAUAACGAGUUAGACAAUAUAAAUGUAUGUUUUGAAUAACGUGAUUAGAUCUUGGUUGUUUACGAUUAUCGUACGUUAAAUUAAGCGCUGUAUAAGAAUCUCUGUAAACACUAUGGAAAUGUCGGAUCGAAUGUGUGAGUGUGUAUGCGUGUAUGCGUGCGUGUGUGGAGCAAAGAAUCACGGAAAGAAUUAUAACGAAGGAUAAUUAUAAUUACUCAUCGGCGCGCAAUAUCAUUUCACGCUUGUGAUUCAGUUACUCUCGUUUAAGUCACUCACGGAAACGUGACGAACAGCGAGUCAUCCGAUUGCUACGAUUUCCAACGAAAACGCGUAAAUCGCGACUCAUUCACGCGUUGUUUUCGCUAUUACCACUUAUUAACGAGCACUAAUACGCGUGACGUAUAAUCGCGCGAAUCUUAUAUUCGCGUCACGAGAUAUCGCGAAGAAAACACCGCGGCGAAGGAACGUUGCGCAAGCGAACCCAAUUUAUGGAUGUGAAUUUGACGAGCCACCGACAUUGGACCGUCAAGGUGCAGGCAGCCGUCAAGGUGCAAAUCGUUGAGCAAUAAGCCCGCGAUGGAAAAGUCGCCCGUAUUCCUAGCCCGAAGGCUAUCGCGAUACUUUCACCAUGAGCGAGACAAUAGACCCGUGACAUGUAUGUACAUUAGCAUAACGCGUGCUUAUCAGCUCGAGUGUCUCCUCCAAAAAAAAAAAAAAAAAAGUGAUUCGCGCAGUAACGUAAGUUUAGACAAUGAGCUCAGAAAGAUUGUCGCCGCGAGCGCGUAAAGCGCGCGUUGUAAACACACGCGGCGUGUCCCACUUCCAUUGAUUUCGUGCGUAUAGCUCGUAACGCGUCAUUCACUUCGACGUGCGUUCGUUCGUUCGCUCGUUCAUUAAUGCAAAUUGUACAGAGCGUGCCAGAUCCGAAGGACCUUUGUCUCUGAUCGAUUCGAAGUUGAGCCUCCGAUUUAAAAAGUCAAGGACGACUUGUGAUUUAAAAAUUAUUGAUAUCCUCGACCGAUGUCUUAAUUAAAGAAACAUCCAUUUCACUUUGUCGAGCGAAGAAGUCGGACGAAGGAUGGACCCCGCAAGCCCGAGGGUGUGUAUCCUCCUAUGCAAUCGCGUUGCCAGUUCGCCAAUAGAGCAUAACAAAUAUAUCGAAUGGUGCCGCGUGUAACAAACCGUGAUUGCGCGAUGCAUUCUGUGGCUUGUUGAUACUGGCACGAGUAAGAUAGUAGGUUACGACACGAACGAAAUUUGUUAAGCAAAUUGGAUCGUCCCGAGACAAUCGAUGCCGUUUAAAGCAACAUUCGAAUGAGUUCAAUUCCGCAAGAUGCUACGCGAAAUGUUUCCAAACAUGCAAACAUUUCAUACAUAUUGUUUCUCAAGUCUGUAAAAAUAAAUCACGAAAGCUUUAUGAUUAUUGCUAUUUUUAAAAAAAUGCAAUUCUUUCGUAAUAAAAGCAUCUAUUGAAGCUACAGCCAAA